CUUGCAUACCGGCGCAGCGCAUUCGUUAGAGAGAGGGAGCUCAGGUGGCCAGAAGCGUCACCCUGUAAAUAGUAUCGCUGCUUUUACGACUCUCUCCGUAAAAGUGUAUACCUAUCUUUGUACAUAGGUAAUUUAAAGUUUUACGCUUAUAUAAACAAGAUGACAAAUUUCUAGUAGCAUCAGGGCGAAUAUUUUUGUGGAAUGACUUAUAAAUCCGCAUUUGAGAACUAUUACGGCUGUGGAAGGAGGUGGAAUUUGUUAGUCCUAUAAGGGCGCCAAAUAAAAGUGAUCCGAGAUAACCUUGCUGCAUACAAGCACACAAAGGCCUCCAGCAAAAUGGUAGUGAUGUCAGAGAGCAGUACGGGGAGUCAGACCAGCGCUACACAGGCAAGGCCUCUCCAGGUCGGCUUUUAUGAAAUCAUCCGGACGCUGGGUAAAGGAAACUUCGCUGUGGUAAAACUGGCGAGGCACAAAGUAACAAAAACACAGGUUGCUAUUAAAAUAAUCGACAAGACACGACUUAACUCCUCCAAUCUGGAGAAGAUCUACAGGGAGGUUCAAAUCAUGAAGUUACUGAAUCAUCCACACAUCAUUAAGCUUUAUCAGGUCAUGGAGACCAAAGACAUGCUGUACAUUGUAACAGAGUAUGCAAAAAAUGGAGAGAUGUUUGACUACCUGACAUCACAUGGGCGCAUGAGUGAAGCUGAUGCACGGAGGAAGUUCUGGCAGAUCCUGACAGCCGUGGACUACUGCCAUCGACACCACAUUGUCCACCGUGACCUCAAGACUGAGAACCUACUGCUAGACGCCAACAUGAACAUCAAAUUGGCAGACUUUGGCUUUGGGAACUUCUACAAGGCAGGAGAGCCUCUCGCCACAUGGUGUGGCAGUCCCCCGUACGCGGCCCCCGAGGUGUUCGAAGGAAAAGAGUACGAAGGCCCCCAGCUGGACAUCUGGAGUCUGGGUGUGGUACUGUACGUACUGGUAUGUGGUUCACUGCCAUUUGAUGGAGACAGCCUGCCUGCACUGAGACAGAGGGUGACAGAGGGACGCUUCAGAAUACCAUACUUCAUGUCAGAAGACUGUGAGAAUCUGAUCCGCAAAAUGCUGGUAGUGGACCCGGUCAAGCGCUUCACGAUCGCCCAGAUCAAGCAGCACCGCUGGAUGCUGGCCGACCCCAGCGCCCCCCACCAUGCCCUUUCACACUCCCUUGGUGACUACAACUCCAACCUGGGUGAUUACAGUGAGCCCGUCCUGGGAAUCAUGCAGACACUCGGAAUCGACAGGCAGAGGACCGUGGAGUCUCUCCAGAGCAGCAGUUACAAUCACUUCUCGGCCAUCUACUACCUGCUACUGGAGCGCGUCAAGGAGCACCGAAACCAGCAGCUUAACUGGCAGUGUGGCGCCUGGACGCAGAGGCCCAGGGGUGCAUCCGACUCCUCCAGCCCGGAGGUGAUCAUGGAGUCAUCUGACUGCUACCGCACAUCCUUCCCUGUCGCUGCUCAGAUAAACCCAUCAUUACCCUCGCAGAAAGAGUGCGACCAGGGAGGUCUGUUCCAGCGGGUGGUGUGUCCCGUUGAAGCCAGUCUGAAUGGGCUCCUAUGGAACCGCUCUAUCUCCCCCAACAGCCUGCUGGAGACCACCAUCAGUGAGGAGGUGCGACCUGGGGACCUGGAGGAGGAGGAGGGAAUGCUACAGGUCCCGUCUCUUCAUCUGCCUAGCACCGCCUCCCGCAGACACACCCUCGCUGAGGUGUCCACCUGCUUCCUUCAGUGCAACCCACCAUGUAUUGUCAUUAGCCCCUCCGAUGCUGCUUCCUCUGACAGCUGUCUAAAGUCCUCCUCCAACGCGACCCCUACCUUCUCUGCUGCUGCAGUGGGUAACCUGUCAACACUAUUGACCUCUGGGAUGGGGCCUGGGGCCUCAGGGCCUGUAGAAAUCCCCCUCGCCCUUUCCUCCAACAGACUCCUGCAGAACCAGAGCAGCCUGCAUGCAGCUAGCUUCCAGGAGGGCCGGCGAGCCUCCGACACCUCACUCACACAAGGUCUGAAAGCUUUCCGUCAGCAACUGCGAAAGAACACGCGCACCAAAGGUUUGCUUGGUUUAAAUAAGAUCAAGGGUCUGGCGAGACAGGUGUGCCCUCCAACCUCGUGUCCCCGGGGCAGCAGAGGGUCUCUGGGGCCGUCUCUGUGCCCCCCAACAGGACUGCAAGGCCGUAGCAUGCUGGAGGAGGUGCUGCAUCAGCAGAGGCUACUGCAGAUCCAGCAUCAGCCUCAGCAGCAGAUGGCACUCUUCCUGUCUCAGCCCUACCAACUACCCUCCUCCCCUCCCUCCAGCGGCUUCUUCGCCCAGGCCACCCAAUUCCACAGCUCCCCGAGCCAGAGACCUGGCCAGUCCCUGCUCCCCGCGGGCCAGCAGACCCCUCUGCCACUCCAGCAUGGUCUGUGGCAGCCGCAGCCUCAGUCCCAGCCUCUCCACGUCUCUUCUUCUUCUUCUUCUUCUUCUUCUGCUUCUUCUUCUUCUUCAUCCUCCUCAUCAUCUUCCAUUUCAAUUGUGGCCUCCGCAGCCCACCUGCUGGAGGCCAGACUGCACAUUAGCCAGCAGACCCACCUCCAGCCGCAUCUUCAGACCCAGCACCCAGAUAUGGGGAUCCAUACAAACACCCAGGGGCACUUCUCACUCUUGCCCCAUCAGGUGCGCUGGAACCUGGGAACUGAGGGCAGCCCCCAAGCCCCUGAGCUCCAAGAUCAGCUGGCCUGCACAGGUCAACAGCUCACCAGCUGUGUGAUGGUGAAAUAACUGGAGUAAAACACAAUUGGGUGGUCUCCAAUGUGAAACAGAAAGAAAAUGAAAAAAUUGAUGCUGACUGCCACAGAAAGGUAUCUUGGUGCCCAGGAUUGGUGAACAGAGAACACAGACUGGUUGGAAAGAAGAGAACAAUGCAUGUGACAGUUGAGCUCUCAGCAUCUGGCAGUUCUGCAUCAGAGUACAUGUGUAUUAAAGGAAGCAAGGAAAAAUAGAAGCAAUAACCAGACUGUUUGUGGCGCUCCUGCUCAUACUCCAUUACAAGAUUUUCCCAGCCACACAGAGCAAUAAAACACAGAACCUGUCUCUUUGACAUGUGAAAAGAACCUUCACUGGUGUGGGUGCAGCGAACACAAAGGACUGACCAUGUUGAAAAAUUAUUAUUAUGGCAGAGACAACUGAGUUUCCUUAUAUGUAUGAAGAUAGGAUGGUGACGUCUUCCUUAAAAUGUUUUUUUUUUUCUAGCUUUUACUUUUAGAGCUAUGAGGUUCCCACUAUCAAUGUGUCAUUUCACUGAGAAGACCAAAGUUUUUUUUCUUUUUUAUCUUUGCCUUUUUACAUUGUUUUAUAAUAAUCCUUCAAGUAACAUGCAGUAUCAGAUUUAUCCUAAACUUCCAGGACAAACAACAAAUUUUUCCUAUUUCACUAACUGCAAUUUGAAAUGACAAAAUAUAGAUAAACUAGUGCUGCUUUAUUUCAAUGGGAGAGGGUCAUUCAUGGUACUUUAUCAUUAGGGAGAAAUGGCUAAAACAAUAGCUUAAAAAUCACAACAGGUACUGCCCUUAGGUCCGAUGACCAUUACAUGUGUAGGUCAAAGAGAGCGAGAUAUAGCCAGAUGGACCACAACCUCCCGUGCUGUUUGGUGCUGUGUCACGCCUAGACCUGGACGCUCCAGAACGCUGUAUGCACACAGCAGUACUGCUGUUAUCUUUGGCUGAUGUGAGCUCACUCAUUUUAGGAGUCGCUGUUGAGCCUUUGCACUUGACUUUAGUCCUGCUCAUCAGAAAAGGAAAACAGCUACAGGCACAGCUACUCCUGCAUCCUAUCACUACCUCCACCAUUCCCAGUCAUUUCCCUCCCUCUGCGAUAUACCAUGGGCUCUGUGUGAUAGCCCACAGCAAGCUGCAUGCCCACUGACCCUUCAAACCGUUUUGCAGUGUGAAUUUGCUUGCUUAUCAUGUACUCUGCAUAGAGAGAACAAAGCAUAUGGGAUUAGUGCAAUAUUUCACACUGAGCCGUAGCACCAGGUGAAGAAGCUUAUGAAGGAAACUAGCAGGUACUAAACACCUGCUGUUGGUUAUUUUUUUCCUUUUGUUGCAAAUUUUUAUGGUGAGUUUUUUUAAUAAUUGUAUGAAAUUAUCUGAACUUUUGGUUCAGGAACACAACAUGCUGGUGUGACUGAGCGUGUGCAAGAAAGGAACCCAGCCAUUUCGUAGUGCUCAUUUCCUGAACGGCACUGUUCUGGCUGUCUUUGUAUGGCAGAAGUAGAGCAAGUCUAAAAGAGAGGACAGACAGGAGUAUGAAUGAGUCUGUGGCUGCUUUACUGGAGGAGAGCUCUCUGUUCCACAAACUACAGCGCUCAUUGAGGCAGAUAGGCAGGCAGACAGGCAGAGCCUCGUCUUGCCUCUGAGGAAGCUGCCACUGAUCGUAGUUGCUUACAGAGAUGGAAAAGCAAUCUUUUUCAUAUAUCUUGCACCACACACAGAGCAUGAUGAUCUCCAGAGUACCACUGCUGUACUAGUAUGUAUUCAUGCUACUGUUACUCUAUUUAAACAUCUGAUAGCAAUACUGUUGAAAUACACAGGCAGAAAUUUUUACAUGUACUUGGGAGACAUUGCUAUUAGGUGCUAGAAGUAGAUUGUAAAGUGUUUCUGUGUUUGUUUAUUAUUUAUUUGCAAUAAUAGUGCAUUUAAUAGUGGCUGCAAACCCACUGUUUGUUAAAAGCACACAGUUCUUACCCCCAACACGAUCAUAUUGCAUGUAAGUCUUUUUCUUUUUUGCUUUUCCAAACGUUAAUGUUUUAUGUGAACUACACUGUGUGGGUCAUGUGGAGUACAAGGUUUUUAAAGCAGUGACUGAUAAGAUGAAGAGAACACGUGAUUUGGAGAAACAGUGUUAAUUCCUUUUUUAUUACAUUUUAUUGCUAUACUUUUUGUAACCCUUUUGCACUCACCGCUGAUGCUCGUGCCUUUUUCUGAAGAAAUACCAUGGUAAGAAAAGCAAGUUGGGUUUUUGAUCUAAUUUUAUGACAUAAAAAACAUUGAGAAAUGUGGUCUGUAGGCUUUCCGUAGAUCAGAAGCCCAUGUUUUAUACUUUCAUUUAUUUUUGCUGUUUUUAAAUUAUGCACUUUAUGAUGAAUAUGUCUCAUUUUCAAUAUAGUGUUAAUUUUCACUGCUGGGUUUGAGACAUCGUUAGAGUUUAGAUUAUUAUUAAAACACAAUUUUUUUUUUUUUAAUGCAGAACUGUAAAAAAAAAUUCUUUUGUUAAAAAUUUGGAUAUACUUACCUGAUUUGCUUGCUAACAAUGUAUGCCUUGAAUGAGUGAAAAUAUAUGUAUAUGCUAGCAAAGGAGAGAGAUUUUUUUAAUUUAUGUGGCUAUUUAUUUAAAUAAAAAAUU